CGUCAGUCGUUGGACGCGUCUCGUUAAUAGUGGUCACGAAAAGUGCAGCCCAUUCGAAAUAAAUUUUUUGUUGAUAUUGCUAGUUUGUUCGCUCAUCAAGUUUAUAAGAUCCGAUUUGUUAACUAGCUAUAUUAUAUAUAUAUAUAUAUACAUAUGUAUAUGCUUUAUAUUUAAAAACACACACGCGCGUCAUACUUAAAUAUAUAUAUAUAAGUAGUAUAUGAAUAGAUCUAUAGUUGUUGUUUCUACAUAUACAUAAAUACAUAUUUUUUGUCUUGUAUUUUUUGUUGUGACACAAUCGUCGCAUUAUAUUGUGACAAAACUCUGAAAAGUUCUGUUUAAAAAUAGUUUCCAAAAGGCUAUAAACGAAAUCCCAGCUAAUAACAGUACAACAAGUCCAAGUAACAUUAUCAGCAACAACAACAACAACACCUAUCAAAAUCAAAAUGGUCGAAACUGUCGUUACCGUUGAACGCACAACAACAACAACUACUGGGCCACCUGGCGGCGGAAAUCCAUCUGGCGGCGAUAAUGGCGGCUUUUGGAGCGCCAUUCGCAUCAAUAUGGAAUAUUACAAAACGAUUCCAGGCAUUCUAAAGAUUGUUCAAUUGGUACUUGGCAUCAUUUGCAUGGCGUGUGCUUCCCCGGCACAAGCAGCAGCCACAAGUUUCUUCCUCUUCGUUGUCGUUGUCUCCUUCAUCAUCACGAUCCUUUUGAUGGCCGCCUAUUUCCUCGGCAUUCGCGAGGCUCUCAACGUCGCCGUCAAUUGGAUAUUUUCGGAGCUGCUGACGACCGCUGUUUUGACGUUGCUGUACUUUAUCGCCUUCAUUGUGCAGUUGGCCAGAUGGGCGGAAUCCAAUCAAUUUGGCCAUGGUUCAAAUACGGCAGCUGGCGUCUUUGGCCUGUUCAAUUUCCUAGCUUACGGGGCGGGUACUUACUUUUUGUUCCUGGCGCACAGAUCGGGAGCAACGCAUUAAACGGAGCUGAAACGGGAACGACAGGGACAGCGAUAGUGGCGAUAGUUGAUCUGAUCGAAAUCCGAUCCAAAUGCAAAUCCACAAUGCAACCAUUCACAUAGUCAUUAUGCAAAAUUGCACCAGAAAAAAAUGAAAUAAAAUAGCGUACUUAUUUUUUUUUUGUGUGCCUUUUUGCAUUUG